AGAAUCCAGGAAGCUCCAAGUCCACUUGCAGGCUGGAGUAGCUAAAAGGCAUCCUGACCACCGCGGUCCGCGACCUUGGGAGGCUGACCCACCAACCCCUCUUCACCCAGAGGAAGGAGCGGCGGGACAUGGGAGCCCAGCUCUCACGACGGAGGAUGACCGAAGCUCUGUGCGUAGCUCUGACCAAGCUGCCCCCUGAGCUGCUAGUGCAGGUGCUGAGCCACGUGCCUCCCUGCGCGUUAGUGACCCGCUGCCGGCCAGUGUGCAGAGCCUGGCGCGACCUGGUAGAUGGCCCAAGCAUAUGGCUGCUGCAACUGGCUCGCGACCACAGCAUGGAGGGCAGAGCCCUCUACGCCUUGGCCCAGCGCUGUCCCGCCGACGGUGACCGGCAGGACGAAUUCCCAUUCUGCGCUCUGGCCCGCUUCUGCCUGAGAGCGCCAUUUGGCCGCAACCUCAUCUACAACCCCUGCGGAGAACAGGGCUUCAGAGGUUGGGAAGUGGAACACAGCGGGAACGGCUGGGCCGUGGAAAAGAAUUUGAUGCUGGUGCCAGGGACACCUUCCCAGACCUGCUUCGUGACAUCCUUUGAGUGGUGCUUCAAGAGGCAGCUUGUGGACCUGGUGAAGGAAGGAGUGUGGCAAGAGCUGCUGGACAGUGCCCAGAUUGAGAUCUGCGUAACUGACUGGUGGGGCGCCCGUGAGAACUGCGGCUGCAUCUACCGGCUUCGGGUCCGCCUACUGGAUGAGUAUGAAAACAAAGUGGUCAAGUUCUCUACCUCACCCAACCCAGUCCUUCAGUGGACGGAGAGGAGCUGCCGACAAGUGAGUCCUGACUGUCCACUCAGCCCUGGCCAGCUCCAUGGUGCCUGCACACAACAGUCACCCUGCUGACUUCCGGUUUCACUGAUGAGAUCUCUGCCCUUACAUUCCAUCUAGGCUCUGUUCCAAGAUGUUUACUGAUUAAUUAAUCCAUUUUAUUAGA